CUCCCUCUCACUCUCACUCUUCUAGUCCUCGAUCGAUCUCUCUCUUCCUUUCCCAAAUCCCAACUAGCUAGCUAGUUCUGCUGCUGCCGCCUACAUCUCUCACCACCCUUUAACCCCCCACCUCUUCUUCAAUGGCAGCAGUACCUCCUUCUCUGUUCCUCUUCUUUCUCCUAACUACAACCCUCGUGGGUAUCAGCACUCUCGGAGCAGAAGGAGCCCCAACAACUUGGUGCGUGACGAGAAGCGAUGCCAGCAACCAGGCUCUCCAGACUGCCUUGGACUAUGCAUGUGCCUCCGGAGCCGACUGCGUUCCCAUCCAGCCCGAUGGACUGUGUUACCUCCCUAAUACUAUCCAAGCUCACACCUCGUACGCGUUCAACAGUUUCUAUCAGCGCAAGGCUAUGGCUCCUGGCUCCUGUGACUUCUCCGGCACCGCCACCGUUGCUCAGACCGAUCCCAGUUAUGGAUCUUGUGUAUACCCAUCUUCUGUAAGCACGGCUGGAGGGACAAGUAUUCUUACACCAAACACAACUCCGGUGACAACCACAACCGUUCCAAGUCCACCAACGACAAUGACUAAUCCGACGUUUGGUAAUGGCGUGGUGGGUGGUCUCACUCCGGUAACAACUCCGCCUGUCCUGGAGGAUUCAAAAGCAGUAUCCCUUCAGUUCAUGCUCUCAAUAUUCAUUGCCAUCUUCUUUAUUUUUUGCUUGGUAUUCUAGUUACCUGAAUUAAAACCCAAGUAGGACCGGUUAUUUUAUAUUUUUUGUUACUAAUUGGAGGGAGAACAGCAUUCGGGCCAUUCUGGAAGGAGAGGUACACAUUUUUGUUAGAAGUUGUAUUCUUCUUUGUACAACUCCAUCCAGUUUAUAGAGGCAUAGGGUUA